GUUGGUGCAGUUCGUGCAGGCGCACGCAAAGAUGGAUGCCGACGAUGUCGCGAGGGGGGGAAUUCCGCUGCUGCGCCCGGAUGCGCCCCCUGGAAAAUCAGGUCCAACAGGCGCGAUGGCAGCGCUCGAGAAAAUGCGCAGGUGCCUCAGGAAAGGAUGCGCGCAAGACCCGUUGGGUGUGGAUGACAUGUACAUACCUCGUGGGAGGGGGCCGAAGACAAACCUCAUGAGGUGGUCCAAGAAAGGUGGAACUGGGAAGAACGAGAAUUUCCACGGCGGCAUCAAUCGUCUGGUCGCAGGCGUGGCUCGCAUCGGUGUGGAGGCGUGCGACGCGAGGCUUCUGCAACGUGUUUGUCGUCACAACCUAGACAUGGACCGCAAGCUUGGCAACACCAGCAAGCAGUCAACUCGUUGGCCUUGGAGGGAGCGCGUGGUGAACAAAGCGGCCUCGGGCAUCCUCGCUUCGCUCCCGUUCCCGAAGGCGCCUCCCGACCCGAAACACGACGUAUGUGAUGCCAACUCCCUGCUGUUCGUGUGCCGGUGUCAGAUCCCAACGAAGGACUUGGAACCGAUGGGGUUCGAGUUCCACACCGCCAGGAAAGCUGCCGGUCGACGAGAAGCCAUGAAUGCCGCAACGAGGAUAGUUGCAGAGCGUCGGGGCAACAACCCCCGCUCUUCGCCGUCGAUGACGGCAGGAAGUGCCGCAAGGGAGGGGCCGGAGACGGCGCCGUUGCCACUACCGACAGCAGGAGGCCGGAUUGGAACGGCGGCGGCUGGGGCGGCGGGGCCUGCGGAGGGGCCUCCGGCAGACGGGGCGGCAGGGCCGGGGCCGUGGCCUGCGGCGGGUGCGGGCGCGGCGCCGGGGGAUUCGCCCUCGCCAUCAUCGACGCAAGAAGGCCGGGUGGGAACGGCGGUGCCGGGUGCGGGCGCGGUGCUGGGUGCGGGUGCGGCGCCGUUGCCGACCAUGACAACGACGGGUGCCGCUUUCGCCAACUAUGGGGGGGCGCGCAAGCUACAUAGUAAACGUCCCACCAUCGAGGGACAGAAGUCUGUCACCCCGACAACCGACGGCGAGCUGGAUGCCUUUGCCCGUUGUCUUGCGACAGCAAGGGCUCAAGGCCGAGGGGAGGUGAUGGAGGAGACGGCGCGACUGUACAACACAGAGUUUUUCACCCAGCAGCUUGACCGGGACGCGCCAAUAAUUCUCCGUGGACCCACUUCAGCGCAAAAGCUGCGAAAAAAAUCAACGACAACGGCCACGGCUAAGAGGGCCCGACAGGUCUCCGCAGACUUCGCAGCUGUGCAAUCGGCGGGCAGAACGGCGUCGUCUUGUUCGACCUCUCCUUCGAACUCUUCUUCGACCACGUCGAGAUCAAAGCGCCGUCGUGACGUCAGACCUGACAGGGAAAAUGCCGUUGCUAGAGUCGCGAACAGGGUUCCUCUGACGAUAGAAGAAAUAGAGACACUUCCCGACGCCGUGGCUAUUCCUUACCUCUCGGAUAUGGAUCAGCCGACGUCAGGCAGGGUUGCUGCCAAACGCGAGAGGUUGAAGAGCUACUUCCGAAACCACAACCUCACAUCGUACACACCUGUGGGCGGGGCAAACAAGAAGGCCGCGGGUGCGGCAGUUACAGGACCUCCUAGUGGGCACCGGGCGAUCUAGAAUGGCUGGGGUGUAGAAUUCUGUUUCUGGUGGCAAGGGCGGGCUUUCUCAUUCUGCACGAAUGUUGUGUGUUUCACUGCUGCUCCUUCACGUAAUAUUAUUGCGGUU